CAAAUUUGGGUCAUGGGGCCCCGAGCUCUGCUCCUGCUGCUCUCCGGGGCCCUGGCCCUGACCGAGAUCUGGGCUGGCCCCACCGCAGACCCCGGACGCGCGUCCUCCCCGCCCCCGGGCACCCACAGCCUGAGAAUUCUCACCACCACCGUGUACAGCCCGGGCCGCGAGGAGAACCGCUACAUGGGCGUUGGGUACGUGGACGACAGGGAGAUGGCGCGGUACGACAGCCACGCCCGGGGUCCGAGGCUGAGGCUGGCAGCAGCGGGGCUGGAGGAGGUGUGGAUGGAGUGGCGGCGGGACGAGGAGGCGCACCGACAGUUUGGGGGCGACUACAUGCUCAAAAUCCAGCACUACGAGCAGAUGAGCAGAGCGAACCUGAACAACCUGCGCGCCCACUACAACCACAGCGAGCACGGGUCGCACACCUUCCAGGAACUGAAUGGCUGCGUCUUGGGGUCCGACGGGCGCUUCCUCCGCGGGUACAACCACUUCGCCUACGACGGCUCCGACUACGUCUACCUGAACGAGGACCUGCGCUCCUGGACCGCGGCCGAGGGCAUCAGCUGGAGCGACCUUGUGCAGGUCCCUGAUGUGGAACGAAGGAGGGCCUACCUGGAGGAAAAGUGCGUGCGCUGGCUCCGCCUGAUCAUGGAGAAGGGGAGGGAGACGCUGCUCCGAGCAGUUCCUCCAAAGACACACGUGACCCACCAACCCAUCUCUGACCAGGAGGUCACCCUGAAGUGCUGGGCCCUGGGCUUCUACCCUGCUGACAUCACCCUGACCUGGCAGCGUGAAGGGGAGGACCUGACCCACGAUAUGGAGCUUGUGGAGACGAGGCCUGCCGGGGACGGGACCUUCCAGAAGUGGGCAGCUGUGGCCGUGCCCCCUGGAGAGGAGCAGAGAUACACGUGCCAUGUGCAGCACCAGGGGCUGCCUGAGCCCCUGACCCUGAGAUGGGAACCCCCUCCUCAGACCACCAUGACCAUCUUGGGCAUCGCUGCUGCCCUGGGUCUCCUUGGAGCUGUGGCUGCUGGAGCUGUGAUGUGGAAGAGGAAGUGCUCAGGCAAAGGCAAGAAGAGCUACUGUCAGGCUGCCUGCAGCGACAGUGCCCAGGGCUCUGAUUUGUCUCUCACAGAUUCUAGUGGUGAGACCCUGAGCGCAGGAAGUGGGGGGUCAUUGAGACUGAGGGGCACAGCUGUAAUUUGAGGAUUCUCAGGUGGGACAUUCUGAGCAUGUGGUGCCUGUGGGGGGAUGUGACACUUCUGAGACUGACCUGAAUUUGUUUAUGACAACCUUGUUUCCCACUGUGACAGUGCUGUCUUGUAUGAAACCUGGUACUAAAACAGUCACUUUAGCCUCCCCUUGGGACUUGAGGGAUCCCUGACUGCUGUUCCUGCAACCGCCAUUGGAAUAUGUCUGUGUUCUUAUCAGCAGCAGUGUCGAGCUGGUCACCAGGUCACCCUCCCCACAGGGACUUGUGUCCUCUCCCCUGGGGACGUUCAUGUCCCAGCAGAGUUGGGGUGAGGCAUCCCCAUCCUGGUCAUUCCUAGUGUGGGGCAUCUUUGUUGCUCCUUUGCCUUGGCCACUUCAAGAGAACCUUGUCCCAUCAGGAGCUGGGAUCCCAGGGACAAGAGUGCCACCUUGUGGUGGCUCCAGGACUGUGCUCAGUGAGGGCCUCAUGAGGCGGAGUCAGCCUGGGCUGCAGCUGGGUCUGUCCUGCAGCCCCUGUGUUUUGGGUAUUUGUCGUUUCUUUUUAUUUUUUCCUUUCUUUUGUAUAUAUCGCACCUGUCCUUGUUUUGUAAAAGUUAAAUGAUUGUGGUGUUUUUAAGUAAAUGAUUAUGGAGUGUG